AUGGAAAAAACUGGAGGGUCACGGCUUUUGCAAAUGCAGGCACGGUUCCAACAAAAGCAGAUGCAAGAGAAAGAGUUAAAAAUAGCUUCGUUGUACGUAGCUCAGCAGGCCAGGGCAUUAGAUAGAGUUCGCCAGUCACCAAGCAAUGGCACCGUCAGCACACCAUCUCCUCCCAUUUCAAAUCCACCGGGAAAGGUACGUCAAAUGUUCGAGGAGCGUCGCACCAAAGCCGGAAUCGACAAGAGUUACCCUCUCCAACCCAUACAAAACACAGAGAAGGCGCAACCGAGGAAAGCCAUACCGAACGGAUACAGCAAAGUGAGCAAUACCACGUCCAAAGUCGCCGUGGAGAAAAAGUCCUCACUGCGUACAUUUGGAACCACCAGCUCGCAUAGUGUUAAGAAACAGAUCAGUCAGGUACAUAAAACCAACAACAAUAUAAUAAACGGUUCAGGAGAUCUCAACCACAAUCAUGAAAUCGAUCUUAAUAAUCACAAGGAGCCAAGUACCAACGGUGAAAAGGCCUCGAAAGACGAAUUGGAUUACGUGAAGCACAAUUUGGAUCGACUAGACAACGAACUGCUGGAGAACGAAACUUUCCCUGAAGCUCUGGCGCCUGUCGCCAGUCCGAGAACACCCGAUUAUUCCAAUAAGCUUGUAAAAAGAAGUCCCGGUCAACAGUCUUUGAAAGCCGGUAAAGUUACUCCAAAACCUAGUGCAAUACCACCAAAGAAAACGACAAGUGAAAAUGUAGUGUCGGAGAGCAGUAAACCCCGAGGGGUCAUGCAGCGAGGAGUGAACCCUGUGCCAAGGAGAAAUCCAGUGAGUCCUCAAGUGUCCGGUGGUACUAAGAAACCCCGGGCGGGCGUCACGUCAGCCAGCAGGAGCGGCGCAGGCGCAAGCGCGGGCGUUGAUAGCGGAAGCGCGGAUACGUGUACGGUGUGCGGAAGACACUUUGCGCCCGACCGGCUCGCCAAGCAUCAGGACAUUUGCCGGAAGACUCACACUAAGAAACGCAAGCCCUUCGACGUGCUCAAGCAUCGGCUCGCGGGCACAGAAGCAGAGCCUUUUAUCGGCAAGUUACGAAAGGGCACUACCACUUCGUCGACGAAGCUGAGCAAGCCGCUGAACGGCAAUUGGCGGCAAAAGCACGAGGAGUUCAUUCAGGCUAUCCGCGCGGCAAAGCAGGUGCAGGCACACCUAAACGCUGGAGGAAAACUCAGCGAUCUCCCGCCCCCACCACCAUCUGAGAACCCUGACUAUGUGCAAUGCCCUCACUGUAACCGUCGCUUUAACCAAUCCGCUGCCGAGAGACAUAUUCCCAAAUGCGCCAACUUUCAAUUCAACAAGCCCAAACCUGCAGCGCGACGCAGAUAA